AUGUCCCACAAACGCUCACGCGCAAACUUCGAAGCAGACCUCCAAGCGCAGCAAUCGCCCUACGUCCUCUUCGGCACGCCUCUCCCGCCGCUCGAUCCCGAGGUCCGCGACGAUGGCUCCUAUGUGCCAGUCUGGAAGCAGGAGGUGAGGGAUGAGCGGGGUCGCAAGCGGCUGCAUGGUGCAUUCACGGGCGGCUUCAGCGCCGGCUACUUCAAUACCGUUGGCUCAAAGGAAGGAUGGACGCCGAGUACCUUUGUGUCGUCGCGGUCGAAUCGGUGGAAAGAUGGCGCCGAGGGCCAAGGCCAGGGCCAGAGGCCCGAAGAUUUCAUGGACGACGAGGACCUUGCUGAGAAGGCUGAAAGCGAGAAACUCCAGACAGCCACCGAUUUUGCAGGGCUAGGGUCUACGGGAACAGAUGGGGUCCGGCGGGGAGGGCUGGCCGAUGUUUUUCGGGCCCAAGGCGAGACCAUGGGGGUCAAGCUGUUGAGACGCAUGGGCUGGAAGGACGGGCAAGGAAUCGGCCCCAAAGUGCGCCGAGGCGCCAGGCUCGAUGUCGGCGGCCAGUCGAAAGUGGGAGGAGACUUGGACGGACAGACGCAUCUCUUUGCACCAGAGAAUGUUCCCAUGAUUGCCCUGAUCAAGAAAUUGGAUCGCAAAGGGCUGGGGUUUGAGGGAGAGUAUAAGCUUACGCCCAUAUCUUCUUCUACAAAUAAGACAGUUGGCGGUAGCAGCGACGAAGAAGAUGGCAGCGGACCGUUGAUCCGGCCCUCGGCCUUCAACCGGAAAAAGACGAAGCCAAGUCGUGGAGGAAUCGGCAUGGGCAUCCUGAACGAUACUGGCUCUGACGAUGAAGAUCCUUACGAAGUCGGGCCGCAGAUAUCAUACAACCGUGUGAUAGGAGGAGAUAAGAAGAAGAAGAAGGCACUCAAGGCAACCCCAGUCAAUCCAAGCCUGCGGUCAGUACCAGUAUUCAUUUCGAAGAAGAACGCUUUGGCCAAGGCUGGCACAAACUUGCGAAAAUGCCAUGAUGGCCGCUUGCCCUUAGAUGGGUUUGUCUUUGGCGUCAGACCAGACAAUUUUGCCUCGGAAAUAAAUUCAGAAGGCAAAUACCCCCCACCAAAGAUCCCCCCGGGAUGGAAGUCAGCAAAGCAGCGGAAUAUGGAUUCAGCCAACGGCGCAUAUACGUCCACAUCUGAUGCAGCCAAAUCAUCUCAACUAGAUCCUAAAUCCCGCGCUGCUCUUCUAGGAGAAGCGCAAUUGCCUGGGAAGUCGGUGUUUGAUUUUCUAGACCCUGCUGCACGGAAUCGUCUUGCUGCUGCAACAGGCAAGGCCAACCUACCUCCAGCAUUAGGCGAGGUCCCCGAAGGAUACGCCUUGACCCCUGAGGAGAAGCAACGUCAGCUGCUUGCCCAAGUUCCUACACUCGACAAGAGCAUUGCAAUUUCUGCUCUUACUCGUGGUGCUCAAGGUUCGGCUCCUUAUGCUGACGAUGAAGCGAAAAGAGGGCGAUAUCGUACCUACUUGGAGUUCUCAGCAGGGUUCGGCAAGGUCACGUUGCCAGCAAAAGCACCCUUACAAUCUAAUGAAGACUGGCUUCGGGAGUUGCGAGAGUUUCAUAGCUGCGCCAUGAUUUUCAAACCAAUGACCGGGAUGAUGGCCUCAAGGUUCACAACUUCGACGUCCAAGUUCAUCGCUGGAAGUACUGUGUCCAGCACAGAUGUGCUGACGAAACCUGCACCAAAACCAGCCGAUCCAGCUGAAGAAGCUGCCAAGAUGGGUAUGUAUGGCACAAUGACAAGGUCAACUACAGACUUCUAUCCUACAAGGUUGCUCUGCAAGAGGUUCAAUGUACCUCCACCAGCCCAUUUGCAACCCGAUGCCGAUAGUGAGGCUGCCACGAGGAACUCGGCCAGUACCACUGCAGCACCAAAUCCUUACACUCAAUCCGGUUCCAAUGGGACAAGCCAUGCGAGCGGUGUGCCCAUCACGCUGGAUGAGCUGCUGCAACAAGCACAGGGCGACUCAAACGGUGCCAUAGCUGUUAUUGAAGGCGAGAAGAAGAGCACGCAACCAGAAAUUGCUACUGCUGUUCCUGCCAAGCCAGAGGUUGAUGCCAGUGUCAACGAGGCUCUCGAGGGCAAGCGGGCACAGGACGAUGUACUCAAGGCUAUCUUUGGCGAUAGCAGUGAUGACGAGGAAUGA